UUGGUCGGAGGAAGAAAGUGGGCUGUUCAAGAUUUUGGUGUGCAUAAUUCUCUGCCCCCCCAAUCCCUCUUUACUUUGCUUCCUUCGCUGGCGGACGGAGCUCAAGUCGUUCUUUAGCUUUUUCAAUUCAACAUGGGGAAUCUUAGUACCUGACAACUCAUUGUCUAAUUUCAUUCAAAUUUGGUUGGAAAAUAUUUAUUAGAAGUUGCACCUGUCGAGUCUGCUUCAAAAUACGAAGGUACACAGAAAGGAUCAUUUGAGUGCGUCGUUUAAAUGAGAUUGGAGAUGCUCCUGUCUUUGCUGCUGUGUGUCAUCUGUCUGCUCGUCCUACCGUCCUCCUCUACCCCCAGCCAAGCCUCAGAUGACUCCAGAAUCCUACAGGUGACCAUCCCUACGACAACUCCCUUAUCUGCCGUCUUGGGGGGCUCUCUUACCCUACCUUGCCUGGUGUCUCUGUUCCACCCGCCCCCCAACACGAAUGGCCGCCACGCCGUCCUCUCCCUACCCAGGGUCAAGUGGAGCGUGCUGUCCCAGGGGCACGAGACUGAGAUCCUGGUGGCCCGAGGGGACAGGGUGAAGGUCAGCGAGGCCUACAAGGACCGAGCCUCCCUGCUCCAUUACGCUUCCUCCCCAGCCGACCUCACCCUGAGGCUGGAUGGCCUGCAGUACAACGACUCUGGCUUCUACCGCUGUGAGGUGCAGCAGGGCCUGGAGGAUGCCGAUGGUGUGGCUCAAGUCAAGGUCAAAGGGGUGGUGUUCCACUACCGGGAUGCUUCCAGUCGCUAUGCCUUUACCUUUGCGCAGGCCCGGGACGCCUGUGAAGAGAUCGGGGCUCACAUCGCCACCCCAGAGCAGCUCUUGGCAGCCUACCACAGUGGCUAUGAGCAGUGUGAUGCGGGCUGGCUCUCAGACCACUCAGUGAGAUAUCCCAUCCAGAUGCCACGAGAGGGAUGUUUUGGAGACAUGGACGGGCAUCCUGGAGUGAGGAACUAUGGGCUGCUGGAACCUGAUGAGCUGUACGAUGUAUACUGUUAUGUGGAGAACAUAGAGGGGGAAGUGUUCCAUGGAUCUGCCCCCCGAAGUUUCACCCUGUGGGAAGCUAAGGCCUAUUGUCUGGCUCAGGGAGCGGAGCUGGCUACCACAGGUCAGCUGUAUGCAGCCUGGAAUGACGGACUGAACGCCUGCAGCCCGGGGUGGUUGGCUGAUGGGAGUGUACGCUACCCCAUUGUCACUCCCAGGGAGCGUUGUGGUGGAGGGGAGGCUGGGGUCAGGACUGUCUAUCGCCAUUUGAACCAGACAGGCUUUCCAGAGGCACACACUCGCCAUGACACUUACUGCUUCCGAGGCAACAGCAACACUCACACCGAAUCUCCCCAUGAUUACCUGGCAACAGAGCCAGAGGACAUCGGCCAGGACAUUGUGACGCUGUUUGAGCCUCUGGAGGAAUUCAGUCAGGUGACGGAGCAGGUGGUGAGCGAAGAAGCUCAGGGCUCCCUGACUACCCUCCCUAUUCCAGAGGAGCAGCACCCAUCAGAGCAUAUAGAGGAGCAGGGGGCUUUCCCUGGAGAGCAGUACCCAGAGCAGGGGGCUGUCCCUGGAGAGCAGUACCCAGAGCAGGGGGCUGUCCCUGGGGAGCAGUACCCAGAGCAGGGGGCUGUCCCUGGAGAGCAGUACCCAGAGCAGGGGGCUGUCCCUGGGGAGCAGUACCCAGAGCAGGGGGCUGUCCCUGGGGAGCAGUACCCAGAGCAGAGGGCUGUCCCUGGGGAGCAGUACCCAGAGCAGGGGGCUGUCCCUGGAGAGCAGUACCCAGAGCAGGGGGCUGUCCCUGGGGAGCACGGAGAAGAACAGGGGGUUGUCCCUGGAGAACACGGAGAGGAGCAGGGGGCUGUUACUGAGGAGGCACACAUCAAGGAGGACGGAGAGGAACAGGAGGCUGUGCCUGGGCAGCACGGAGAGGACCAGGGGGUUGAUCAUGGGGAGCAGUACCCAGACCAGCCUGGAGAGGAGCAGGGGGCUGUGCCUGGGCAGCACGGAGAGGACCAGGGGGUUGAUCAUGGGGAGCAGUACCCAGACCAGCCUGGAGAGGAGCAGGGGGCUGUCGAUGGCCCGGGCCCUACUGUUGUCUAUCACGAGGAGCUACCCUUUCUGGUUAAACCCCAAGACCCAUUCACCCCCACAUCCUUCCCCCAAGACCUGGAGCCCACAGAGGACACCUGGCAGCCGGUGAAAGAGGUCAGCAACCCAGAAUCAUAUCAGCCUGCCCCUGAGGAGGAAAACUUAGAUUCUAACUACCCAGUCACACCCUAUGAUGAGCUGAAUGCAAACCCAACACUGUAUCCACCUUCUCCCGAGACAAAUUAUGAAUCAGGUGAUCUUACAACUGCUCAUAAAGACAACAUUGGUAGCCCCGAUCCCUACCAGCCCUCGUUAGAGUCAAAUAUGGAAUCAGGAGAGCCCUCUAUAGAGGGUGUACCAGGGACUGCUCUGGAGGCCCCCGUGCCCACCACAGCAUAUGAGGAGGUGGACGGGUCCAAUGAUCCACAUCCCAUGCCUGGCACAACCCCUGAGAGUGGUAAGCCAACAGAGUCUCAGUAUGGUAUUUCAGAGGAAAGCCAUAUGCAAACAGAGAUCACCCAGGAGACCGAACACUACACUUUUACCUCUGAGACCGCAGGCUCUAAUAUAUCAGGAGUUGAAGCCACUACUAGGUAUGACAGCUCUCCAGAGGAGCAACUGGAAAGUGGGCUGCCCACGCCUCCUGAGGAGGACCACUCCGGAGAUGAGCAUGCCAUCCAGGUGGAGCAUGUCAUGGACACGGUAUACCCAAGCACCUCUUACGACCUCUCAGGAGGGUCUAUGAGGCCUGAGGGAGCCAUCGCUGGGGAUGUCGAGGAUACAUCUGUAUCUUCCACUUCACCUCACGAGGAAACGGAGCUCUUCCCUGACCAGUCCACCACUCAGCCUCCAUACUGGGAGAACACACCUGAAUACCGCCGAACCAACUCUGUGGACCACAGUGCCAGUGUCCUUCUCCCUGAGGAGCAUACCACAUCACUGGACUCAUUGGUCAUCCAGACAGGGGAGAACAGUGGCUCUGCUACUGCUGAGUCAGGAGACCUGGCUCCCCUAAGCCCAGUGGAGAUGGACCCCUAUGAACUGAUCCCUACCUCUGAAUAUGCUUAUGACCCCACUCAGGAGCAGUCUGAUGUCACGUCACCCGACUCCUCUACCCUAGAUGACCAUGUGGAGCAAGAAGCAGGAGGCACAGUGGACUCAUUACCAGAAGUUUCCAUGGGUUCCACUGACCAGGAUGAGCACACUGACCUGGGUUCAGUUCCAACUGACAAAGUCCUUAGAGUUAUUUAUGACACUGACUCUAGUGAAGCCUCUGGGGUCCAUGAGGGAAUGCUUGACGUUACCCUUUUGACAUCCCCCAUACCUAUAACCUAUCCCCCCCCGACCCAGCGUUCCGUGGAAGCAGAGGCCAGCUCCCCAGGUGACUUCAUAACCUUCAUCCCAGAAUCCAGCAUUCCAUCUGGGUUUGAUCCCCUGGAGGAAGGGCUGGAGAAGGUGGAGCGAGAGGGGUUGGGUGAAAUCCCAGAAGUAGUCGAAACUACUACCCCAGAGACAGCUUCUGGUGUGGAGGGGAGUAGAGAUGAGGAGAAUGGUCAGGAGGUGAGUGGAGAAGAGGAGAGUGGUCAGGAGGCGAGGGGAUACAAGGAGAGUGGUCAGGAGGUGAAUGGAGAUGAGAAGAGUGGUCAGGAGGCGAGUGGAGACGAGAAGAGUGGUCAGGAGGCGAGUGGAGACGAGAAGAGUGGUCAGGAGGCGAGUGGAGACGAGGAGAGUGGUCAGGAGGCGAGUGGAGACGAGGAGAGUGGUCAGGAGGCGAGUGGAGGCAAGGAGAGUGGUCUGAAGGUGAGUGGAGAUGAGGACAGUGACCAAGAGGUGAGUGGCCAAGAGGGAGUGGAGUCCGGCUUAGGAUCAGGAUCAGACGAGGAGCACUCUGAAUCUGAUGAAUCUGGAGAAGUCUCAGGGAUCCUUGAACCAGAAGUCCCAUACAUGAAUGAAACUGUCACUCCCAUCAAUGACACAACUGUCAAUAGCACAGAUGAAAGCGAGCCUGAGUCGAGCACAGAUGCGCCCUCUACUGAUAUGGAGAUCACGCUGCUCUCUGACUUGUCCCAGACCCCCCUGUCCUCCCCCACCGUACCCCAGGAGUCCCGGGCCGAUGCAAAUCUGGAGUACAGUGGGGAGACCUCAGUCACUGAGGACCCUGACUCCAUCACUCCACUCACUGAGGAGCCUGAGGAUUACUACUACGAUGACCAGACUACGACGGCAGCACCCCUAUAUCCAGAGGAUGUUGAUGAGGAGAAACUGAUUACCACUCCUACUACUCCAAGAUUUGGGAACAUUUCAGAUGCCUGCCUAGAGAAUCCUUGUUCCAACGGGGGAACAUGUGUCGACAGUGGGUCUUCAACCAAGUGCCUUUGCUUGCCCACCUAUGGAGGAGACAUGUGCCAGACAGACCUGGAGGUGUGUGAGCCGGGUUGGGAAAAGUUCAUGGGCUUCUGUUACCGACAUUUCACCAAGCGUCAGGGCUGGGAGGUGGCAGAGCAGCACUGUCGUAUGUGUGGCGGUCACCUGAUCUCGGUCAUGACCCCUGAGGAACAGGACUACAUUAAUGAAAAGUACAGAGAGUACCAGUGGACGGGACUGAAUGACAGAACCAUAGAGGGAGACUUCCGCUGGUCUGACGGGAAUCCUCUGUUGUAUGAGAACUGGUACCGGAGCCAGCCUGACAGUUACUUCCUGUCUGGAGAGGACUGUGUGGUGAUGGUAUGGCAUGACGGGGGGCGCUGGAGCGAUGUGCCCUGUAACUACCACCUCUCCUACACCUGCAAGAAGGGCACCUCUUUCUGUGGCCAGCCCCCCGUCAUUGCCAACGCCAAGGUGUUUGGUAAGUCGCGUCUGCGCUACGAGACCAACUCCAAGGUGCGCUACUACUGUGAAGAAGGAUUCCUCCAGACACAGAACCCCGUCAUUAAGUGCCUAUCCAACGGCCAAUGGGAGGAGGCUCUGAUCACCUGUCACCCUGCGCUGACCAACUUAGCAGAGGGAGAGCAGAAGGUCACGACACCACCCUAUCAGAACGAGGGGGUGGAGGUGGUGGACACAGCCACGGAGAAAGCCACUUCAGAGUUCUGGGACAUCAAGUGGAACUAAUAAGCUCAUCAAACUCAAUAUGCCCCUUCCCUCUGCCCCCUUCCCUGGUAUCUUAUGUUCCACUCAAAGACUGUCCAACCUUGUCCCUCCAACAAGGUGGAGCCUUGUAAAAUAAAUGUUCUCCCUGAGAACGAGUCAUCACAUUCCUGUCACCAGCUCUUUCCAGAAUAAACCCAUUUAGAACAUCAACAGACUUGAUCGAUCGCACUUACAAUAAGAGUGCAUCCCAACAUAAGGCCACUAUUAGAAGAAAUGGAUCAAAUUUGCACAGUACAGUUUGUCAUUGGAAUGAGAUUUAACGAAGAUCUCCCUUCCAUCAUUGGGCUUGUUUGUUGCAUGUGAUUGUUGACUAGUGAAAUAAUUCGAUAUCCACCUGUGCUACGACACUGUUGGAUUACUGUAUUAGACUGCUAGUAACAUAUAUUAUGACAUGUUUAUGAUGGUAUACAGUAUGAUUUUGAUGGAGAGUUUUAGUAAAGUGCAACCUAAAUCUCAACCUCAGCUGGUCUGACAUUAAGCCACUUUCCCACUCUCUGCCACAAAGACAGAAUUAAGAAUUCCACUUUUGUAUGCUUUUGUAUAAGAAAAUCUCCUUAUCAAUCCAUAUCUUCUCAAUUCCCACAACCCCAAAUGUUUUCUCAACAUGUCCUCUUAUCUGGUGCUUUGUUUUUCAGGUCUUACAAACUUUAGACCCAAUAUUAGAAGCCAAUAUCCACUUUAAAGUACUUGGUUUGAAAAUAGCCAGAAUCCAAAGUUUGUUAUUUUAAAACGUAAUCACUAAGAUACUAGGAAGAACAUGUGAAAAUGUCCACAAUGGUAUUUCAGUUUUCAUUCAUCAAUGAUGUCAUUGUCUUAGUUCCAGUGGAAGUACUACUUUACGUUGGUAGUGUUUAACAGUAAUCAAAUAAUGCUAAUUGUUAAUCCCAUUUGUGACUGCACAAUUACAUAAUGAACUCGUUAUGAAAGAAAAAAGGUCAUUGUAAAACUAAUUAAAACUUAAUUUUGUAA